AUGGCCGGCAAGGAUCCCAUCAUCAUCUCCGACUCUGACUCGGACACACUCAGCGAGUCGGAGAGACCCACUCCAAAGCGAGCGACGCAAGCAAAGGCGGCGAUCACCAUUCGAAAUGGCUCUGCAACCCCUGCCCAAGCGCAAGCCGAGGCGUCAAGCCUCAACACGGUGUCAGCUACGGCUGGCUCGUCCACGGCAGGCCUGCUCGGACUAUUACCCGAUCGAAAGCAGCUCGAGCUGGAGCGCAAGGAACGCGCACGCAAACGGAGGCGGGAACAGAAUCUGCCGAGCGAGUCGAGUGACGAUGACGAGACGCAGGUCGAGAACAAGCGGAGCAAAAGCGGCAACGGUGCGGCUUUUGCUCCGUCUCGUCUUCCGUCGACAUCAUCACAGCCAGCACGUAUUCACACUCUCACGUCAAAGUCUACCAGCGAUUCCUCCAGCUCAAAGCCCGCCACACCAUCAAGUUGCGCCACCACCACUUCCUUCUCAAGUGCGACUCAUCCGAUUGAAUCGACAAGCAGGUUCUGGACCGGCACCGUCAAGCACAGCUACAACCAAUACGCCGAAAAGUCACGCGCCGGCGUCACAAUCUCGCAAAUGCUGCUCCCUGCCACUGCAUCCAGCCGCAACGGUUUGCGGUUCGCCGUGCUGGCUACAUAUGAUCUGCGCAUGGACUGGCUAUACUCGCUGUUCCCGCGCGGUUUACCUGUGACACUGGUCCUGCCUCCCCCAAAGGAAGACUAUCGCACCGAUCCGGCUGUCGCGCGGCCUGGGCUGCAUCCCAGCGAGAUCUUUGGUGCCGAGUUCGCACGCUGUCCGGGAUGGCAGAUCUGCGUGCCGCAUAAACCGAAAGGAGGAUGGCUUACACAGCAUAUGAAGUUUCUCAUCCUCGCUCAUGAGGGCUUUCUCCGCGUCGCCAUCCUGUCUGGAAAUUUGAACCAGAUCGAUUGGGAGCGCAUCGAGAAUACGGCGUACAUCCAGGACUUCCCGCUUCUGUCCGCUGCGACCAACGUCGCUGCACCUAGCAGCAGCCGCAGCAGCAGCAGUCAGAACGUUCAUAACGACUUCAAGUCGCAGCUCAUCCGGGUCUUGCGCUCGCUAAGCGUCCCCACCUCGCACAGUGUGUACAGCGCGCUGGAGGAGUACGACUUCUCGCAUGCUACACGCGCACGCAUCGUCGCCAGCUGGCCCGAAGCUUCGAGUCUGGCCGAAUGGGAUCGCAUCGAGACGCAAGGCUUGGGACGCUUGGGCAGAGUGGUGCGUGAUCUGGGCAUCAGGUCGCAGGCGCGGCAGGUGGACGUCGAGUGCCAAGGGUCCAGUUUGGCCAACCAUGACAUCAAAUGGAUCGAGCAUUUUCACUUGCUUGCGUCCGGUGUAGAUCCGAGGGGGAAGCUGCCGUUGAAGGGCAAGUCGAACGAGAUGCAUCCAGACUAUGCGAGGAUUGCGGCGAGGAAAGGAGGAACACUACCGCCGGUGAAGAUCUGUUUCCCCAGUCAAAGGUAUGUCGAGGAGCGCACGGUGGAAGGGCCGAUGGGAGCGCUAAGCUUCUUUGGUAAAGCAGAGACUUUUGCUGCGUCGUCCAUCCAAAAGCUCUACCACAGCCCACAAAGCCGUCGAGGCGAUAUCAUGAUACACGCCAAAUCCAUCCUCGCCCUCACCGCUGACGCCGCGACGCUCGUCGACCAAGCCUUCACCAAUGCCAGCGACGCGUACAUCUCUGGCCACGCUGCCCCUGCCCACCCCUCGCCCGCCCAACAGCCGUACGCAGGGCCAGCCCCGCAAGAACAGCCCGUCGGAUGGACCUACCUGGGCAGCUCGAACUUCACGCGUGCUGCGCACGGCACCAUCAGUGGCAGCGCCAGCAGGCCCACGAUGAGCUGCAUGAACUGGGAGCUCGGGGUGGUGCUGCCCGUGUAUGCAUCCGAGGUGCAGGCGCUGGGCGUCGAGGCGCUGGCGCUGCGCGCCGUCGUAUACCACCGACCUGUGCAGGCGUAUGCUGCGGGCGAUGUGCCCUGGGACAACGCUUCGGCUCGUGCAUUCCUUUGA